AUGAAACAACAUCUAACUGGAACAAAGGGGGAUGUUGGUGCUUGUUUAAAAGUUCCCUUUGAUGUUCAAUAUUUGAUGAGAGAUGCACUAAAAGACAUUGGGAUAAAGAAUAAAGAGAAGGCUGAUUCUAGUAAGUAUACAACUUCUUACGAUGCUACUGUACAUGGAUUUGAGGGAGAUAUGUUAAAUGAAGAUAGUGAAGAUUUUCAUCCGUCAGAAAUUCACAUAAAUGAAGGUAGGUUUGGCAAUCAAAAACAAAAUACAAUGCUAGACCAAUCAAAAAGCAAAAAACCUAGUGGGAUUGGGGACUAUUUUGCUUCAAGGACAAUUGUUGGAUCUCAACCAUCAAUUUGGAUUUGUUUAGCUGGAAAAGAUGUGAUGUGGAGAGCAGAUAUGGCUUUUGCAAGAUUCUUUUAUGAUGCUUGCAUCCCAAUUAAUGCUAUAAAUUCAAUUUAUCUUCAGCCUUUGGUGGAUGCUAUAGUUGCAAUUGGGUUUGGGUAUAAAAACCCAAAUUAUCAUGGUUUUCGUGUCAAUUUGUUGAGAGAUGCUAAAAAGGAAGUGCCACUUCUUGUUGAUAGUUACAGGAAGAUUUGGGAAAAUGUUGGAUGUACCUUAAUUGCUGAUGGUCAAACUGAUAAUUCACAUAGGUCAUUGAUCAAUUUUAUGGUGUAUUGUCCUAAAGGAGUUUGUUUUGUAAAAUCAAUUGAUGCUUCAGAUGUUGUGAAAGAUGCAGGGACAUUGUUGAAGAUGUUUGAGGAGGUAGCUUUAUGGAUUGGACCAACACAUAGCAUAAAUUUGGUGUUAAAGGACAUAGUUGAGAUGGAUCACAUAGUUUAUCUUGCAAAAUGUGCUUCUGAGUUGACAAAGAGGUGUUACAAGAAAAUAAGUUUUGAUUUUAUUGAUUAUGAAAGUAUCGACAAAACUGAAGGUUUGAUAGUUGAUGAUAAAAAGGAGGUCAAUGAACUUAAUUAUGAGGAAUUGGACAAAAGGAUAUGGGGAAUGAUGAUAUCGCUGGAGUUGCUGAUCCCCUUUUCUUAUGUUCAACAAAUGAUGAUGGUGAUGGUGUAUGAUGGUGAUGGUGAUGUGAUGUGA